AGAUAAACUGGUCCAAGGGACGUAAGCCACAUAAAAAAAGGUAGCGCGUGUUAUCUCCCAUUUCUGUGUGUUUGGUAUUUCCGUUAUCCGCAAUCAAAGUUGUUUUCUCAAUAAAGAUAUAAACAAUUAAAUCUACAAAAAAGAAGAAAAUAAUCUCUCACUGUUUUAAAUUUUUUAAUUUGCCUGAUUCUUUGUUACAUUUAUCAAGAUGCAUCCCGAGUAAACUUUUAGUUUACAAGUAUAUCACACGAGAAAGUGCACCGUGCGCCAAUUGACUUUUUCUGUUCAUUAAAGUCUUCCUAAUCUUUCCGUUUUUAUUCUAACGCUCUUCCUUUACCGAAGAAACUUAGCUCAACCUUUGACCCCCGAGACUGUAGGAGAUGAUGCCGCGACUCAGUUUCCACUCUCGAUUCCAGCAUCCAUAAAUAUGGAAUCUAUGUGGAUGGACAGCUGACUACCCCAACCUCUUUUUUUCUUUUUUUUUCUUUUUUUUUUUUUGGUGGGGGGUGGGUGGGGUGGUAAUUGUUUGAAACGUUCUCUUAAAUGUCAAAGCACUUAAAAGCUACUUAACAGCCGUUUGAAGCGGCGCAUUCGUAAUUACAAAAAUAUCAAACGUUGGUCGAAGUCAAGGGACAACAAAACAUAUUUAUGAAAUAAGCAUCAAAGAAGACAAUAUUUACAGAAAAAAUAUAUCGCCUUACAUCUGGAAUUCUAUCCCAGCUAAACAGCAAACAUCAGAAACGUACCCCUCACCACCCGCUAGACACAAUGGGAUCACGUGACAUCAUCAUGAACAUCGACGAACGAGUAGCUCCGCGACAUCGACGCCGUCAUCGAUCGGCAGCUGCUGCGGCUGACGGAGGCUGGUGCUAUUUUUAGCUCAGCAGCUCGAUGCGGGGAGUCGCGGUACGUCAGCUUUGUGCUGCCAGCCUCGCGAUGUCACGGUGGCUUGGCGCCGCUCCGCCCGUGCGCCACCGGCUCCUCUCCCUCCCUUCUGGAGUUCAAACCUGCGGCUUUUCGCACGACCUUGUCCAGCUCACAGGUUUCUGACAAGUAGAUGAGACUCUCGGCUGCUUGUGGGAGACGAGAACGUUUGAACUUUCGGCGGAAGUCACAGGACCAGCGGAACGGCUGCAGGAGACACUAGAAGCGCUGUCGUUGCCAUGGGUGCAGGCUCUGUUCUGACGACUUCAUUUCUGCUGCUCGGUGUCUCAGGAGUGCACAUGCGGUGUCCAGAUCGUCAGAGGCCAAGAAUGCUCAUAGCACAUCCCUACAUCAGCGCUCCCAUUGGUUCUCACACCUACCCGUACCACACGUACCCAAACAACUCUUCCUGUGAGUGGCUCAUCAGUGCAGACACAGGCUACGUGGUGCGCCUGACCUUGCUGCUCGUUGACCUGCAAGAAAGUGACACGAGUGACUGCCCCUUCAACCGCCUGACUAUUUAUGAUGGUAACAGCAGGAACUCCCGCCAGCUCGGGGCCUUCUGCUCACAGCGGCUGUCCAACGGCCGGUCAGUGGACAGCAGCCUCCGCUGGUUGUAUGUGGAGCUGAAGGCUGAUGAUGCUGACAGCAAAGGCAGGUUCCUCUUCACCUACGAGGCGGUGCAGCCUCAACUGUCCACUACCCUGGGUUUCGAAGCUCACGCGUGCCAGCCGUCUGAUGUGGACAUUCAUGCAGUUCCAGGUGUUAGUUACAUCAUCAUGUCUUUGAACAAUCGUCAAGGCCAUCAAACGGUGUCUCGCUGCGAAUGGCGGAUUCAGACCGAUCUGGGGUACAUCAUCAGCCUGCGAGCGGAACUGGUGGAAGGAAAGUCAUACUUCGAGCAAGUCUGUGACAGCCUGCAGGUGUUUGAUGGUUUGACGGAGUAUGCUGACCCCAUCCAUGCUGACUGCUUUGCCUGGAGUUUUCCCAUGUAUAGCUCUGGUCAGUUCAUGUAUGUCAGGCUGACCCAACGGCUGACCAGCAUGGCGGAAAUCAGACUAUGGAUUGAAGCUGUUUUCGCUUCUAUGGCAACCGUUAAGAGGAGCACAGACGAAUAUGAUGGCGAGGGAAGUGAUGGCUACAAAGACGAGAAAAACAGAACCCGGAUGCUGGGGAUUGUCUACGGGUGCAGCUCACUGGGCUUUGCUGUCGUCGUCGCCAUUACAGUCGUCGUCAUCGCUCGACACAUCAAGAAGUCUCGAGCAUCUGCCACCAGUGACAGAGCAACAACCAUCGCCAUGACAACCAUCACCUCAUGUCGCCUGUCCAGCAGCACUGCAGCGCCACCUUCGGUCCACGCCGGAAGCUGUUGUCUCCCGCAGCAUCGCAACAGCUACUUUGCGCGACAGAGCACCGCCGUCAUUCUCUUCCCGCCCUCGGCGAUGAUGUCGCUAUCACGUGGAUGCCAGGGCAACGACCCUGGGACCGACCCACAAAUCUAAGCGACCUUCCUCCUCCCUAUGCCAGUGUUGCCGUCAAGCCCGCGACCCCCGUACAGCCAUCAGUGCUGUACCUAUCCACCCCAGGCGAGCCUCCACCCGCUUACACCUGUGCCAUGCUCACCUCCCACCCACCCGCAUCAUCACCACCAAAAUCACCUUCUCAGACCUCGUGGCCAUCGAGGCUCUAAAAUAUUUGACUUUGUCCUCUUGGUUUUCUUUGUGUCACUUCUUCAGGUUUCAACAAACUCUACUGACUUUGCAAUCAAAGAACAAGGGUUGAGGUAGUGGGGAGGAAGGAAGGAAGAGUGCAGCAAAGCUGAAAGAAUACAAUCACGUCUUUUGCCUCAAGUCGUCUUUCGUAUGCACACCACACCACACCCGAAGACAUACAUCACCCAGAUGGGGUCUGACAUACACAUUGAUUCAAGUCUUGUGAUCAUCGACCAGCUACCGGUUAAAAAUCGUUCUUUACACCUGAUCUCGAUUCCUUGCUUAAGGCAAGCGCUUCAAACCUGUGAUAUAAAAAUACCUUUUGAUGCGCUGACUAAAAGCCAGCACCUGCCAGGUGUCUUCAGACAUUUUUUUCCCCUCGAAGCCCUGCCAAGGGCAGCUCAGCGACUGACGAGAACAUGGCUGCCUGCCGUACAACCUGGUUGCGUGGCAACAGCUGUAAUUAAAUAAUUAAAAAAAUUCACAGGUUCUAUUUUUUUCCAAACCUGUGCUUUAUGUAAAGCUCUAUUUUAUGAUCGUCAAUUUUCUAUCGUUUCCACGCGGUCUUUCGUGAGUGAGUGAGUGUUCGCAUGUCCUCUGGAUAACUAGCUGUCUGAGCGUGCACCCUGGGUGGCUCGAUUGUAGCAAUUUGUUUUUACGAUCUUGUUGAAAACUCUUUGCGCAUGAACAUUUUUUUUUUAUUAUUAUUGGUAGAGGUUUUGAGAAAGAAAACUGGUUUAAUGUGGAUUUGAAAAUUUCUACACUUUGGAAAUGUUUGCUUCU